CAUAUUACUUGAAGCUGGCCCUCCUCCCCCAAAGCUUGAGCCGGACUUCCUGUGAAACAUAACAAGCCGUUCGUUAUGUUGUCAAUGUCUCAUGCAGACGAGGUUUCAAAUCCGCAACUUCUUUCCGUUGAACAUGCUCUUCGUCGAAAGGUUCGAAGUGCUUUAUAUAUCCAAGAGUCACAUUACUUCAGAGAACAAGAUCCUCAAGAGCAAAUCUACCAGUCGGCUAAAGCUACUUCGAAGCAAGCUCCGAUCAAGAUCAGAUCUCGCAAAACACGUUCGGGUUUUACGAAUUGAUGCCGAUGUAAUGGAAUUCUACCAUCGCGCCUCACUCAAUGAUAAGACUCAUAUCAUCGACGCAUUCGCAUCGUUAGUAAUGGCUUGUCCGAAUCUAAAUAGACUGGAAGGCUUCUACCUCGAAUACGACCAAACCUUCGAUCGCCUUUCUCAAGCUCUCGCGAGCAGAUCCCAACUCACCGAAAGAAUUUGGCGCCUCUCCGCUCCAGCACCUUCUAUCCGACGAGUCGACGACAAUUUCCUCAACCACAGCGAUCUAUGGAGCGCCUCUUUGACGUCGCUAGUGUUACAAGGGCCCGGAACGGAAGGUUGUGUCGACUACAGGGCCUUUGUAGGCACCUUCCGUAAACUGCCAAGGCUCAAGCGACUCGUGAUCGCGAAUUUUGCUGCUCAGGACUUUCAUGACCGUACAAUGGCCGCUUUACCCGCAGUCACUUCGCUUCGUCUAGAGAGGCUUCCCGGGGUCUCGGACAAGGGAGUCGCCCGAUUUGCGGGCUCGGCGGCUGCAAAAGCUGUGAGGAACCUGACGCUUAUCAAUCUGGAUAUAAAGAAUAUAGGAACCGUGAGCGACGUGCUUGAGCGACUGGACUUGAAGCGCUUCUCGUUACAGCAGGACCCUCCGCCGGCUUGUCCUCUUGAUCCUGCGAUUGAAGUCCUGUUACUCGGCUCUCCGACUCUGGAAUAUCUGCACUGGGAUGUUCUCACCCUGAGUCCAACGCAUGACUUUCUUUUCGACUCGAUAGCAGCAGGGAACUUUCCUAGUCUCCACCAAAUCAGAUGUAUAAAUGACCACAACGGUCUUCUUCAAAGCGUCUGCCGCCCCGCUGCCCAAGCGAUACUCAAUUCUGACGACCACCUGAUCCACCGCACGUCAAAGCGCACAUCUGCAAUAGCAGGUUUACGCUCUUUAAUGACAGUACGCCGAACAGCGCAAGAUCGUAUCGAUGAGGCUCGCUCUCGACCAGUAGCGAAAAUCAUUGUCGAGGAAGACGGCAGAGUUCAAAGCAUUCACGAGAUCGGCGGUUUCAUAGGACAAAUAGGCUCAGCCAUCGACUUCAUGCUGGAACCUGACAUUGAAGGCAGCGACACGGCACUAGCACAAGUGGACGAUAUCUUCGAAGGGUACGGAAAAGGUGGAUUGAUCAAAGCGCCUGUGUGUGGAGGAGGCGUCAAGCAAGAAUGGUCUCAUAAGGCCAGGUUCCUUUGUGUUCAGGUUGAUACCAAUUCGUUGUUUUGAGGGUUAUUGAGGAGCAAGGGUGCUGAGAUAGGUCAGGAUAUGAAUCAAGCGAACACAGUACUAUGAGCAUAACAAAUGUAGCAUUUUACGUUGCAUAUCUAUUCGCGUAUGCUUGAUACCAAAUCUUCUCGAAGGCCUUUAGACCUGUCACAGGUAUUUUUGUCUUUUAAUCAGCCAAUUCUGGUUAGGCUUGAGAUGCUAAAUACGGGGAUCCGAUUUAGAUCA